AUGCCACCAAAAAGAAAGAAGCUCCUGAAGGAGACGAAAUUGGCGCUGCUUUCGAAGAAGCAAUCAUCUACUGUCACGAAGAGAAGAAGAUCAGCAAGAAAAUUAGCACAAGAGAAUAAAAAUAAUUGUUCACCGACGCAAAAAAUUGUUGAUGACAUUGAUGUUGAUAAUCGACUGUCAGAAGAGAUAACAGGCUCUUUGAAUUCCUCGCCUAUCAAGCAAAUGGCUAAGCGCCUCAACAAUUCGACCCCCACCAAGAAUAUAAUUUCCUCAUCUCCCAUAAAAACCAAGAAAAGUGUUGCAUUUUCAGAUGAUCUAAUAUCAGACAUCCCCAGCACGCCAGAGCGAGUCCAUUCUCCUGGCCGAUCCAUCCUAAAAUCAUGCAACCCUGAGUUACAAAACAGGUUGGUUGAUCCGAGUAACACUUUGUUAUGGCGGAAAGCAAAUGAUAAUGUAUCAUAUGGUCCGAAAAAUACCGAUUUUUGGCUACAAGGAACUAUUGUCCAGUUGCCCCCAAAUUCACCAGACUUGUAUUACUUGAUAGAAGGGUGUAUAACUGUAUUGCGGGAUGUGUCUUUUGAUAAGAGGUUUGAAGUUUAUGCCACAUUGAACGGUGUAUACAAAACAAACUCCGGUCCUAGCGCUGUUAAAUUAUUUAGUUCCAUUUUGGAGAAUUCUGGGUCAGUGAGUCCACGUAAAAGUCGUUCCACUCCGAGCCCAUUAAAAAACUAUAGUCCUACAAAGAAACAACGAGAAAAUCUGUAUGUUGCAUUGCUAGCUGGUCAGAUAAUAAAGGAUAUAGAGGCAACAGAGGAUUCGUUGUUUAAUGAUAACAAAGAUAAAGAAAACAGGACACCUACAAAAAAUGACCCAUUUCGUAUAAGAAUUGUCAAUCAAGCAACCAAAUUAAUGAGCUAUUUUAUUUUAGAUCAGGAGCUUAACAAACUAAUAUCGCUCCAAAACGUUGACUGGUUAUAUCAUCAUGCGUGUGCAAUGCUUACACAUCCAAAGGCAUCGAAGGCGAUCAUUUCAGCAUAUUUGGUAAUAAUGAAAGAAUGCAGACUAAGCGUAAAAAAGAAAAAGGCAUUGUUUGAGACUGGUGACUUAGCUGAGAAGAUGCUAUUUGCAUUGAUCAAUAUGAAAAGGUUUCCCAGUUCGUCAUUGGUGUCAGAGCAAUUUUUGUGCUUCAAGAAUUUUGUGAAUCUUUUCCCAGGUAUAAUGGCCAAGAAUGUCUCACAUUGGUUUGGAAUGUUAUUAUUAAGUGUUUGCGAGGUUGGUUCGCCGUUUUAUUUGAAAUGCUUUUCUGUCGGGGUUCAUUGUUUAUUGGAGGUGACUAAGGCAUUUUUAGAUAACCGGAAGGUAAUGGCAUAUGUAAAACUUUUUUUAUCUUCCCCUUUUUCCAUCAAUAUCAAAUCAAUGUCAAGUAGUGAAUCGAUUGCCAUUAAUUCUGAUUCCAGCGAUUCUCAGAACCAGAAAGUGGUAGACGUGGUCUUGUCGAAACUUCAGGACCUUAUUCAGGAUGGCCAAUUCAAGGAGGCCAUGGAUAUUUGGGUUGCAUUGACAGUACUUGUUGGAUAUUCAGGUGAAUCUUUCGAAAGGUGGGAGCAUUUGAGUAAAUGGUUGCAAAUCACAAAACUUUGUUUCAACUCACAGGUACCUCAAGCCAGAGUAUUAGCGUUAAGUUGUUGGAAAGCGAUAAUUUUUAAUUUGUGCAGAAAUGAUUUGGAUGAAAUAAGGAAGACAUUGGAUCUGGCAAUGGGUCAUUCAAAUAUUAGGGACAAGCAACAGCAAAUCACAACAGCCAUGAAACCCAAAGUAAAGCUUCUCACCUAUUUAUUUGGUAGUUUUAAUGCAGAAGAAAUGGAAGAUAAAGUCAUUGACACACUACACAACCUAUUUAUCGCUAUCUUAUAUUCCACAAUUAAUCCCCUUGUUAUAAAACUGCGCACAAAGUACUUGCACAUCCUUUGGGACAGAGUCUUCCAAUUUGUAUUUAUUAACUUUUAUUUUAAAAAGGAUGCUUCUAACGCCCAUAUGAACCAAUUAGGCUUCACGGUCUUGUCGAAAUUGAUAAAAUCUGCCACUCCAGUGACUGAGAGAAACUUCAAUGAGGUUCGCUGUUUGUCAAACGAUCCAGUCUCAAUCAACGAAGUAAAUUCGUUGCCAUCAAGGUGGAUUCACGCAAAGUUUGAUAAGAUAAUGCAGAAUAUGAUAUUAAUAUUUCUUCUGGCAAACUUGCAUGUGGAAGAUAAAAUUGGGUUUUUCAUUGCAUUUUUGGCAAGCAUAAAACCGAUAGUGAAAAAUGAGGCGCUGGUAUCUCCUACAACAUUUGACAUUAUUGAUAAUAUCCCUAUAGUCUUGAGUCACCUUUUCAAAUCAAAUACACUUUCACAUGAUUUGGCAAUCAAAUUGAUUGUAAAUCUACAUGACACUUUUACAUCGUCGUUAUUAGUGAGGAGGGCAAAUAAGCAAGAUGAGAUUGAUACAAGCAAUAACAUAUAUAUUCCUGUGCUUGCUAAUUGUUUAAAGAGUUUAUCAAAAGAAGAGUACUUAGAGAUUUUUCAAUUAAUAACUCAGUCACUUUCUCAUAAAAAAAUUCUUGUAUUUAUUGCUGAUUACGUCCAGCUGGGUCUUGAAAUGGAAGACGUUAGGGGAUUGUUUUCCGAUAUUCUUACCAAACGAACAGUUGAAUUGUCCAACGAAGAAUUAGGAUUGUAUGGGGAGAUUUGUCAAUAUUUUGAUACAGGGUUUGAGACAUUUGUGAAGAAGUUAAUACAAACAGUCGUUGUUGUGCCGGAGUCGGAAAAAAUGCUCAAUUGUUUUGAAUGCUUGAAUAUCACAUCCUGGAGUUAUUCUAUUGUCGUCUUUCUUUUGUUAUUGUUGAAGAAUGCUCCAAAUAGACACAUUUUUCAAUUUACCAUAAAUUUGAUAGAGAAGAUGAUGACAAGCAAUUUCGUCGAAACAUUGGAACUCUUGACAAUACAAGAUUUUGAGGCUGAGAUUCUUCCAUUGGUGGAUCAAAUAUAUAGAAACUCGUUGCAAUACUCUGGUGAAACGCUCUUCAAAAUCUGCCUGCUUUUGAAGAAUUAUUUGGAAUAUAAAUUAAAAAACUCAGAUAAUCAUGAACUAGUUGACAGGUUGCUUUUGGGUUGCUACUCGGUCUUGGGUAUUGAUGUUGGUACCUUCAUACAGGAGGACUAUUCAAAGUUUCCUAAUUUCAAAACUGAAUUGGAUAAAAGAAACAUGUGCGUUGUUGAUGGCAAGAUAGUUUUCAAUGGCUUGGAAAAAAGUCAGGAAUCGGAUGAGAAGUCAUCACAAGAACUAGAUGCUAGUGUACCACCUGGGCCUGACAAUUCUUUGAAGUUGCAAGUGGAUUCAAAUAUACAAAAGGAGGAAGAUAUUAGCAAAAAUAACGAGUUUGAUCAAAAUUGCAUGUCAGAGUCGUUGUCGGCAGCUUCAUCUGCUCUAAUAUUGGAUGUCGAUACAGUGAAUACCAUUGAUGAAAAUGCUAUAAAUAGACUAAGUUCUGAUGUCAUUCCACGGGAGACAAAACAGGUUUCGAAACAGGAUUGUGAAGUUAAUGAUAUUAUUAUGACUGAUACUGAAGGUCCUAAGGACGAAUCUGGAGUACUGUCUUUAGCAAAAUGUGAAAGCGAUAUUCAAAAUACAGAGAGGGGAUUUGGUCUAAUUGUUAAGCUAACGCCAGUUAAGAAGAAAUCUGCAAGUCAAACUAUGUCUCCCAAACAAGAAUUAAUUGUUAAAAUUGUAAGGAAAAAACCAGAGGAGCAAGCUCAAGAUUCUUCCUCUAGUGCUAAGGAUGAUGAUGAAAUAUCUGACAUAGAAACAAGUUCGAUUUCACAGGGAAAUAGUAAUGAUAUUAUUGAGCAACAAGAAAUCAUAUCUCCAGAAACACCCAAUGGAGUGCUUGUUAGAAAGAGAGACUACCAAGAGGAAUCUUUUACCCCAUCAAAAAGAUUAAAAGUUUGCGAUAUAGCAAAUCUUCUUGACGGUGGGUUGGAAGCCACAGAAACGCAACUGAAUGUAAAUGAAAAAUUAUUACCACUGGGCGAUGAAAAUGAUCUUGAGAAUAAACAAGAGGAACUUAAAAUCAGCAAUUGCGAUGUUGACUUGACUGAGCAACAAGGUGAAAGUGCUCAAGUUGACUCUUGUGACUUGUCAGACACUAGUCACGAUUCUCUGGAAUCGAAAGCACGUACAGAACAUAUUGUCAAUACUGAUGGUGAAGAGAAUUAUGAGAAUGAUGGAAGUGCACCCACCAAGGAACUCGAUGCUGAAGGCAAUAGUUUGUCAGAUUUGAAAAUUUUUGAUAUUCCUGCUUUAUCAGAGACUAACAGUGAUAGCAAUGAGAACGCUACUGAGGAACAAGAGAAGAAUAAUGAGGAACCACAAUCGAAGAUACAAGAAUUUCCUCUGUAUUCUUUACCAUUAAAAGAAUUUGAAGAAAUCAGAUCUAAAAAAGACCUUGCAGAUGACUUGUACAAUUCAGUGGGACCCAGUUCCAAUGAAAUUAAGAGAUCUUGCAGUCCGAUGGAAUUGGUUGAUUUGCUUUCAACGAAAUCCGAUGCUGAGUUAGCAUGUAUAACGAGUGACGAAAAGUACGACAUGGAAACCAAGUUACUAAAUUUGAUGGUUCGUUUGAGAAGGUUCAAGUAG